UGACAGAGCUGUCAGCACUCUGAGAGAUACAGACUGGUGAGAACAUUUGUCAGGGCUGGCUGAUAAGUCUCUCUCAACACGGCUUCUGCUUAGAUUUUCUCAUCAGUGGAGCGGCUGUGAGCAUUGUGUGUGAGUACUGAAGACAAGAGCGGCUAUUUAACACCUGACUCUUCCACGCUCAGCUGCUGCCUCAGACGCUGCAGUGCCAGGGCGUCAUCAUGGGAAUGAAAGGCAUCUUUUUGGGCUGCUUCACUGUGGCCCUGCUCCUCCAGCUCUCCACCGCUGGCCUGGUCAAGAAGGUUAUUCGCCACCGCAGAGAGGCCCUGAUGCCCAAGAAAACCCAGGAGAACCUCACCCUGCCCCACCCCGACCAGCCAGUGGUGUUUAACCACGUCUACAACAUCAAUGUCCCCUCCACGUCCCUCUGCUCCGUGGACCUCGACUCACCUGGAGGCACCGAGCUCAAACACAAGAGCGCCCCAAUGGACAUGCAGAACACCGAGCACAUGGAGCACACUGUGGAUGGUGACAAUCAGAUCGUUUUCACCCACCGCAUCAAUAUCCCCAAGCAGGCGUGCGGCUGCGACAGCCAGCUACCAGACAUCAAAGACAUCCUGAACAGGCUGGAGAUGCUGGAGUCAGAGCUGUCUAGUCUAAGGGAGCAGUGUGGCGGCGGAGCAAGCUGCUGUGGAGCUCAAGUUGCCGGUGAAGUAUCCACAAAGCCCUACUGUAAUGGACGUGGGAACUGGAGCACUGAGACCUGCAGCUGUGUAUGUGAAUCUGGAUGGAGAGGCCCCAACUGUACCGAGCCUGAGUGUCCAAACGACUGCCAGGACCAGGGCCGCUGUGUGGAUGGAAAAUGUGAAUGCUUUGAGGGCUUCGGUGGGGACGACUGCGGUAUUGAGAUCUGCCUGCUAGACUGUGGUGACUAUGGCAACUGUGUCGAAGGGUCCUGCCUCUGCGAAGAGGGCUUCAUAGGCGAGGACUGCUCCCAGACCAACUGCCUCAACAACUGCUUGGGCCGUGGGCGCUGUGAGGAGGAUGAGUGUGUUUGUGACCAUCCCUGGACGGGCUUCGACUGCUCUGAACUCAUCUGUCCUAACGACUGCUACGACCGAGGACGCUGCAUCAACGGUACCUGCUACUGCGAAGACGGCUUCACUGGGGAGGACUGUGGCGAGCUCAGUUGUCCCGGCAACUGCAAUAACCGUGGCAUGUGUAUGAAUGGCCAGUGUGUGUGUCAGACUGGCUACAGUGGAGAGGACUGCUCAAAACUCACCUGUCCCAAAAACUGCAAUGAGAGAGGCCACUGCUUUAACGGUAAAUGCAUCUGUGAUCCAGGAUUUGAAGGUGAAGAUUGCUCCAUCCUCUCGUGUCCUGACAACUGCAGCAACAGGGGCCAGUGUGUCAACGGAGAGUGUGUAUGUGACGUAGGAUACCAGGGUGAAGACUGCAGUGAGCUCUCCUGCCCUAACAAUUGCCAAGACCGUGGACGCUGUGUUAACGGGCAGUGCAUAUGUGACAAAGGUUUCGCAGGGGAGGACUGCAGCAUUAAGACCUGUCCCAAAGACUGCAUGGGACGUGGAGAGUGUGUGGAUGGCAAGUGCGUGUGUUUUGCUGGGUUUACAGGGAAAGACUGCGGCGAGCUGACCUGCCCCAAUGACUGCCUGGACCGCGGCCACUGUGUCAACGGACAGUGCGUCUGUCAUAAGGGUUUCACCGGUGAAGACUGCAGCGAAAAGACAUGUCCAAAGAACUGUCUAGACAGAGGUUACUGCGUUGAUGGCAACUGCGUGUGUUAUGAGGGUUUCACUGGUUCGGACUGCUCCAUACUGACCUGCCCAGGAGACUGCCAGAACCAGGGCCGCUGUGAGAACGGAAUGUGUGUCUGUGACGAAGGCUUCAUUGGAGAGGACUGCUCCGAAGUCUCACCACCCAAGGACCUAACAGUGGUGGAGGUCACUCCAGAGACCGUGGACCUGUCCUGGGAAAACGAAAUGCGUGUGACCGAGUACCUGAUCACCUAUGUGCCCACGGCCCCAGGAGGUCUGGAGCUGGACAUGCGUGUUCCUGGUGACCAGAAAAUAGCCACUGUUAGGGAGCUUGAGCCCGGCGUGGAGUAUCUGAUCAGUGUGUAUGCUGUGCUCAGCAACAAGAAAAGUGUUCCAGUCAGCGCUAGGGUGGCGACACAUCUUCCUGAGCCUGAAGGACUCAAGUUCAAGUCAGUGCGGGAGACAUCAGUUGAGGUGCAGUGGGACCCGUUAGACAUUCCCUUCGAUGGUUGGAACCUCAUCUUCAGAAACACGAAAGAGGAGGAUGGUGAGAUCCUUAACUCCCUUGGCCGACCAGAGACCACCUUUGAGCAGUCUGGGUUGGGUCCAGGCCAGGAGUAUGAGGUCAAACUGGAGGUGGUGAAGAACAACAAGCGUGGACCGCCUGCCUCCAAGAAUGUAGUUACAAUGAUCGAUGCCCCCAGCCAGGUGGACGUGCGUGACGUGACCGACACUACGGCGCUGGUGACUUGGUUCCAGCCCGUGGCCGACGUGGAUGGGGUCAGCGUCUCCUACGGGCCCAGCUCUAACCCCGCUGAUCGCAGUGUGGUGGAGCUGUCCUCCACUGACACCCAGUACCACCUGGGAGGCCUCGUCCCCGACACACAAUAUGAGGUGUCCCUGACAGCUCGGAGAGGGGACCAUGCCAGCAUUCCUAUCUAUGAAUCUUUCCUUACAGACUUGGACGCCCCCAGAGAUCUACAGACCGUGGAGCUGACAGACGAGAGCAUCACUCUGGAGUGGAAGAACAGCCAAGCACACGUGGACAACUACCGCAUCAAGUAUGGACCUCUGUCUGGAGGCGAGCACGGAGAGCUGCUGUUCCCUCCAGGACCCAAGGAGUCCACCCAGGCCAAGAUCACUGGCCUGAGACCUGGCACAGAGUAUGGGAUGGGUGUGACGGCGGUGAAAGAUGAGCGGGAGAGUCUGCCCACGACCACCAAUGCUGUAACUGCCCUGGAUGCUCCCAAAGACCUGACUGUAGCGGAGGUGACUGAGACCACCAUGAUACUGGAAUGGAAGCGCCCCCUGGCCAAACUGGACUCCUACAAACUGGUCUACAUUUCCGCCGACGGCCACAGGGCUGAAGACGUUGUUCCAGGCAGCUCUGAGUCUCACACCCUGAGGGCUCUGACACCCGGCAUGCUGUACACCAUCAGCAUCACUGCAGAGAGGGGCCGCAGGACCAGCGUACCCGCCACCAUCUCAGCACCCACAGAGGAAGAGAAGCCCGUGGUGACCAACGUCACUGUCAGCGAUGUAUCAUGGGACAGCUUCCUCCUGUCCUGGUCUGCUGAGGACGGGGCAUUCGAGGCCUUUCUGAUCGAGGUUACCGAUGCAGAGACGGGUGCUGAGUGGCAAAACCACACGGUGCCCGCCGAUGCUCGCAGUCUCGUCAUCACUGGCCUGUCCCCCACCACCUGGUACAGAGCCAAUUUGUACGGGGUGUACAGGGGGGUCCUCUUAGACCCUGUCUUUGCAGACACCAUUACAGAGACCGAACCGGAGGUACAAGCUCUCCUGGUCUCCGAUGUCACCCCCGACAGCUGUAGGCUGGCCUGGACGGCUGAAGAGGACGCCUUUGACACCUUUGUCAUAAUGAUCAGCCAGACUGAGAACCCAGACCAACCCAGGGAGCUGGUGCUGGGUGGUGAAGAGAGAAGCGCAGCAAUAACAGAUCUCAAUGAAGACACCGAUUACAAAAUUGAGAUCUUUGGGCUGAUUUUGGGAAGACGCUCCAAGUCUGUAAUCGAGGGGGUGAGAACAGACCUGGGCUCACCCAAAGGCAUCCGUUUCUCUGAUGUCACCGAUACGUCCGCCACAGUCCACUGGGUCACUCCAAGAGCUCGAGUGGACAGCUACCAGGUCACUUACGUGCCUGCCCAUGGAGGUAAUGCUAAGACACUAACAGUGGACGGCUCUGAGUCUCAGACUGUGCUGCCCAACCUGACGCCCGGAGUCACUUAUGAGGUCACUGUUGUCGCUGUUAAGGGCCAGAGAGAGAGCGAACCUGGAUCUGACAGCGUCACCACAGCUCUGGACAAGCCUCGUGGUCUUACUGCAGUCAACAUCACAGACACUGAAGCUUUGCUGCUCUGGCAGCCUGCUAUUGCUACUGUAGACGGCUACGUCAUCACCUACACUGCAGAUUCAGUGGCUCCAGUGAUGGAGCGAGUGUCAGGAAACGUGGUGGAGUUUGAGAUGAGCUCUUUGACACCAGCGACACACUACACUGUGAAGGUCUAUGCUGUGAGGGAUUUGGCCAAAAGCGCAGCCACUACAACUGAGUUUACCACCGAUGUGGAUGCUCCUCAGGACCUGGCAGCCAGUAACAUCCAGACAGAGAACGCCAUGCUGACCUGGAAGCCUCCUCGCGCUGACAUCACCGGCUACAUCCUCAGCUUUGAGCCUGUAAAAGGCACCCCACGGGAGGUGAUCCUGAGUCCCACUGCAGUGUCGUACAACAUGGCUCAGCUCAGAGCCUCCACAGAGUAUUCGAUCAAGCUGCAGGCCCUCGCUGGUCCUAAGAGAAGCAGAGUCAUCACCACUGUCUUCACCACCACCGGCGUGCUGUACAGACACCCCAGGGACUGCUCCCAGGCUCUGCUGAAUGGCGACACCUCAUCAGGCCUGUACACCGUCUACCUGGGUGGAGAUGAGAGCCAGCCACUGCAGGUCUACUGCGACAUGAGCACUGAUGGAGGCGGAUGGAUUGUUUUCCUCCGACGUCAGAGUGGCAGACUGGAAUUUUUCCGCAACUGGAAGAAUUACACAGCCGGCUUUGGUGACAUGAAUGAUGAAUUCUGGCUCGGUCUGUCCAACCUGCAUAAGAUCACAGCCGGAGGUCAGUACGAGCUGCGAGUCGACCUCAGAGAUAAGGGAGAGACUGCCUACGCUCAGUACGACAAGUUCUCCGUCUCUGAACCUCGGACCCGCUACAAAGUCCAUGUAGGAGGAUACAGCGGCACAGCAGGUGACUCUAUGACCUACCACCAUGGUCGUCCAUUCUCCACUUAUGACCAUGACAACGACAUCGCCGUCACCAACUGUGCUCUGUCCUAUAAGGGAGCCUUCUGGUAUAAAAACUGCCACCGGGUCAACCUGAUGGGACGAUAUGGAGAUAACAGUCACAGCAAGGGCGUGAACUGGUUCCACUGGAAGGGCCACGAGCACUCGAUUGAGUUCGCUGAGAUGAAGAUCCGGCCAUCCAACUUCAGAAACCUGGAGGGAAGGAGGAAACGAUCAUAAAUGAUAUGGAAAGUUCCGCCACCAUCAGAAACAACAACAACAACAACAUUACUGCUACUAUUCUGUCUGGACUCCCCAUAAACCACCUCAACUCCCACACCCACCCACCUUGCAGCGACCAAAGCCACUGCCAAGAGCCCUGCUGCCUCCACGCAAAAUCAGCGCGCCUCCCCUCAUCCAAUUUGCUCAAAGAUCAGCCUCGACUCCAUGAACCUCUCCCCUACCCCUUGCUUCCCCUGUGAUACGGUUGUGCAAAUGCUGCCAGUGCGGAAAUCGAUGUGCAUGCUAAAAACUGGACUUAAAUCAAAGCCCACACAGAUUCUGCUCACGCACCAAAGAGAGCAACUCCAUCUCACUUGAUUCUGAUCCCGUCUCUUGUGUUGCAGCAUUUGUGGGGAGGCGUGAGUGCAGCUCAGGCAUUAUGUUGUGUACAGUCAUUAGUACAGUUCCCUAUUUCACAUUUACACUAUGUUUGGGGUUUUACAGAAAAGACAGGCUGUUUAUGGUACAAUGUGGUCUUGUUUAGGAUCAGGGCCUCUUUGCUAAAAGCGAUAUUUCAGCUGGGUUCUCAGAGAAAUUCUAUUGGUUGUACAACACUGUACAAGCACUCAUCUGAUUGAAACAUUUGAAAAGAGAUACUCCUCAGAUGGCACUGCUCAGAUGUCAGAUAUCUCCGUCUAACUUGCCAUUUGUCUGUCUUUGUGCGACUUAACUUGUCUCAGUGUCACUUUAUUUCAAACCCCCUCCCACCCCUACACAUGAGCCAACAUCUGAAAUGAUAGAGAUGGAAAUGAAAAGAGAAAAAUAAAAAAUCUAUGAAAAAGUAUUUUACCCUCCACAUCCCAUGUCCAUUGGCGAUGUUUCCAUUUAUGACGUGAGCCCUUGAAGGCGUCAUGCUGCAGCCACAGUAUUGUGUUUGAAAAAGCUAAAGAACAGAGAAAAGAAAUUUUGUUUUGUUUCUCACAUGAAUCCGAGGCAGGACCUAUUAUUCAGUGUAUAAUGACAUGCGGUGAUUACAUUUUUUGUUCUUACUUUUUGAAAAAUGUGAAUACAGUACAUAUAUGUGCAACAAGAGAAUGUUAUGUGAUGCUCGAAACAUUGAAAAAAGGCCAACUCCAAUUGAAUUCCAGUUGUCAUAGUAAGGUCUCUAUGCUUAUGUUGAUGAAAAUAGUGUUUGGACAGGCCAAAACUAGAGAACUAGUUACUGUUUCUACCUUCCCCUCCCCUCCCCCUCCCCAAGACCCACAAGCCCCGUACCC